GCGACUCCAACCUCACGUGCCGCGACACCAACCCCACGCCCACUCCCCGCUUCAAUCGACCGAAUCCGCUGCCAUCGACCGCCGCAACCACGCUCCCAUCCCCAGCACACCGCCACAGCAGCCAUGGACUCGUUGGUGGCGCAGUACAGCCGCCCCAUGGACGCGGAUGAGGGCCAGACCGAGCAGCAGCAGCUGGAGCUCUACAGCGGCGCGCCAGAGGCAUCUCUCAAGUUUGCCCUGCCCCCAGUCGCCCAAGCACAAUCAUGGCUCCGCGCAAUGACAGACGACUACUCCAACCCCAACUGCCCCAUCAAGAUUGCCCACGGCACCACAACCCUCGCCUUCCGGUUCAAGGGCGGCAUCAUCGUCGCCACCGACUCGCGAGCGACGGCCGGCAACUGGAUAGCAAGUCAGACAGUGAAGAAGGUCAUCGAGAUCAACAGCUGCUUGCUGGGAACCAUGGCCGGUGGCGCUGCUGACUGCCAAUACUGGCUCGCAUACUUGGGCAUGCAGUGCCGUCUCCACGAGCUCCGACACAAGCGCCGCAUCUCAGUCGCCGCAGCCUCCAAGAUCCUCUCCAACCUGGUCUACUCGUACAAGGGCAUGGGCCUGAGCAUGGGCACCAUGUGCGCCGGUGUCACCCCGCAGGAAGGCCCCGCGCUCUACUACAUCGACAGCGACGGCACCCGCCUCGCCGGCAACCUGUUCUGUGUUGGCUCCGGCCAGACCUUUGCCUACGGUGUGCUCGACGCAGAGUACAAGUACGAUCUGGAGGACGCCGAGGCGCUGGAGCUCGGAAAGAGGAGCAUUCUGGCCGCCACCCACCGUGACGCCUACUCGGGUGGCUUCAUCAACCUGUACCACGUCAAGGAGGACGGAUGGGUCAAGCACGGCUUCAAUGACACCAACCCCAUCUUCUGGGAGACAAAGCUGGAGAAGGGCGAGUUCUCCAACGUCACCAGUGAGCUGGUAUAGCGGGUGUGGACGAGUAGAGCUGUAGAGAUCUGCCAAGCCUCGUCAGGCUGCAGCAAGAAGACUAGAGCCCGUAGAACGGGCAUCAGACGACAUGAAUGAAUGAAAGCAUGCACAACGAUACCACUCAAG